AUGGCCUGCUACCCCGGGUGUCACAUCCGCAUCGUCGUGGACAUGGCCUCCGACCAUGAUGGAUCCGUUGCCGACCUCAAACCAGCCGGCAUCGUCAAGGCUCUGGACUACGACGAGGAAGAUGGCAGAGAGCCAGAGACGGAGGCCACCGAGGAGGUGCGGCUGCUGGCCACGGCCGACCCCGAGCGCCUCCGCAGGAGCCUCCACAAGGCCACCGGCAAGAAGGAGGUCGACCUAGUCUUAAUCCCGCCCAACAAGCCCAUCAAGAAGAGCUCCGACGGCGGGAGCAGACACAAGGAGGGCCCUCGGCUCGUCGACGCCGCCGCGGUCGAGCCGCCACUCGCCGACCCGCAGCUCGAGGCGCUUCUCGCUCACCUGCAGCGGCAGGCGCCGCUGCGGGGCCAUCGUGAUCAGUACGUCGACCAUGGCGCGGCCGCCGCGUUGCCGGGCAACUACCACCACCACCAGCAGCAGCAACCGAAUCUCGACUGGGACAGCUACGGCGAAGCGUCGUAUCCGUGGGUGCCACUCCACUGGCUGGCCCCGCCGGCCGUUGAUUGGGGAGCGAACUACGGUCCGGCGCUGGCUCCACCUGCAACUGCGACCCCAGCGCACCGCCGUGGCACAGCGGCCUAGGCUUCUGAUCGACGGAGCGGCUGAGCAGAGCUGGUCGCGCGAGUGGGAGAUGAGCACGUACGUACGGCAGACCAGAUCACGAGACAGUACAAGUCGACUUAAUACAGUCAGUUGAAGAUAUAUGUGCUGGCCACAUCGAUCGUUACUAGUUAA